ACUGACAUCACCCACUAAAUCCCAGACAGCCCUGGAAGGGGAGGGGGAAAGUGGCUUGGCUCUGGCAGGCGAAGAAGGGAAGAGGAUGCCCACUGCUUUCGAAGUCCUGAGCUUAGCAGGAGUGAAGAAAACCUCUGAGAGAUCGGCUGCUAAGAUCAAGACUGGAAGCUGAAACAGAGAAGAGAGGAGGAGAGACAGUCUUCAUUGCAUCUUUAUGGACUGUUGCUCAGUAGGGGCCAUACUUGCCAAGAUGAUGGCUUGAGGUUUUGCAGACUGUAGACCCCUCAGGGUUUUGUGUGUCCAUGUGUGUGUGUGUAUUUCUUCUUGCACAAGAAUAAAAUAUCUUCCAGAGCUGAAACUGGGAGAGUCUAGGGAAGGUUUUUGUGUGACCAGGUGCAAUUUCAGCUCCUUGACCCCUCCCCCCCCCAUUGCUCCUCUGCCCUUUAUCCAUGUGGAUGCACAGUGUCAGCAAGUUUGGUAUAUAACUCAAGAUCCUUGGGAUUUUCUUACUAUGGCUUCCACAGAUGGACUGCAGUACCGAGCUCUCUAUGAAUAUAAGAAGCACCGGGAAGAAGACCUGGCUCUCUGUCCUGGAGACUUGCUGACGGUCAACAAAGCAGGAUUUAAGUGUAUGGACUACAAGGAAGGGGAUGAGAGAAAUCCUGAAGGCUGGCUGAGUGGCUUUAAUGAACGGACCAAGGAGCACGGAGAUUUCCCAGGCACCUACGUAGAGUACCUGGGUCCCGUAAGGAUCAUGGCCCCCGCACCCAAACCCAGGCCCAGGCCACUGCCCCCAACACCUUCCAGCUACCAGAGGGGGUCCCCUGGGCAGAUGGAGCUUGUUGAUCAGAUGAAUCUCCCAGAACAAGCACCGCUGGUUGUAAUGAGACUUGUGGAAGCUUUAGAGAAUGAAGGCUUAGAUACUGAAGCUCUUUAUCAAUCCCCUCCUGGAUCUUUCUGGGACCCUCAACUCAAGCAGACUCUACUGACAGACAUAACAUCAGUUGAACUGGACUUAUUUGAUGGGCAGACAUUGGCUGAAAUGCUUAGGUGCUACCUGAAGGAACUACCUUGUCCUGUGAUCCAUCCAGCAAUAUAUAGUGAAUUGCUUUACAUUGUUCAAGAAACACAGACCUUGGAGGAGUGUGGUCAACAAAUAAAACUGAUCCUGGAAUCUUCCUGCCUGUCUCAGUGGCACAGACUCCUUCUGCAACAUCUGACCAGACAUUUUUGUAAAUUGUGCCAGAAUAGCAGCAAGAAUCACCUUACACCCAGGAUAAUUGGAGAGGCCUUUUGCGAAGUGUUUUUUAAGCCAUCCUCAUCAAGCAUGGAGGUGAAUCCUGAGCACCAUGUGAAAAUUAUUGAAGCUCUCAUCCUAGCUGGUGGAGUAUCUGAAGUCCAAGCAGCACCAGCUCUUCCUCCAAAGCCCUCCAAACCAAUAACUCCAGUAAAUACAAAUGGACUAAAAGAGAAUUGCAUCUUAUCACUGCAGGAUGCAGAAUGGUACUGGGGAGACAUCUCAAGGGAAGAAGUAAAUGACAAACUACGAGACAUGCCAGAUGGAACUUUUCUGGUGCGAGAUGCAUCAACAAAGAAACAGGGAGACUAUACACUGACACUGAGGAAAGGUGGCAACAAUAAAUUAAUAAAAAUUUAUCAUCGGGAUGGAAAAUACGGUUUUUCUGAUCCAUUGACAUUUAAUUCUGUUGUGGAGCUAAUUAACCACUAUCACCAUGAGUCUCUUGCUCAGUAUAAUCCUAAACUUGAUGUGAAGUUGAUGUAUCCUGUAUCCAGAUACCAGCAGGAUCAGUUAGUAAAAGAAGAUAAUAUUGAUGCUGUAGGCAAAAAGCUUCAAGAGUACCACACUCAAUAUCAAGAGAAAAGCAAGGAGUAUGACAGAUUAUAUGAAGAAUACACCAGAACAUCACAGGAAAUUCAGAUGAAGAGAACAGCAAUAGAAGCAUUUAAUGAGACAAUUAAAAUAUUUGAAGAACAAUGUCACACUCAAGAACGUUAUAGCAAGGAGUACAUUGAACGAUUCCGAAGAGAAGGGAAUGAAAAAGAAAUUGAAAGAAUUAUGAUAAAUUAUGAAAAAUUAAAAUCACGUCUGGGUGAGAUUCAUGACAGCAAGUUGCGACUGGAACAAGAUUUGAAGAAGCAAGCCCUGGACAACCGGGAAAUUGACAAGAAAAUGAACAGUAUCAAACCUGAUCUUAUCCAGCUGCGCAAAAUCAGAGAUCAGUAUCUUGUCUGGCUCAAUCAUAAAGGAGUGAGGCAAAAACGAAUAAACGACUGGCUGGGAAUCAAAAAUGAAAACAUUGAUGAUACAUACUUUACAAAUGAAGAGGAUGAAAGUCUGCCACAUUAUGAUGAAAAGACUUGGUUUGUAGGAGAUCUCAAUCGUAUCCAAGCAGAAGAUUUGCUUUGUGGAAAACCUGAUGGAGCAUUUUUAAUCCGAGAAAGUAGCAAGAAAGGCUGUUACGCUUGUUCUGUGGUAGCUGAUGGCGAAGUUAAACACUGUGUGAUUUACAGCACUCCUAGAGGUUAUGGGUUUGCAGAGCCAUAUAACCUAUAUAGCACCCUUAAAGAAUUAGUCCUUCAUUACCAGCAUACCUCCCUUGUCCAGCACAACGACUCCCUCAAUGUCCGGCUUGCUUAUCCUAUCUACGCACAGAUGUCCUCCCUCUGUAGAUAAAUUCUAGGAGGGUGAAAUAUAGGUGAAGUGUUGGUUGUCUUGGAUUUAUUUUCUACAGUUUUUACUAGAACCCAGAGGGCAUUCUUUCUCCUUAGACUGCUUGUUUUGCACAAGAAGUGAUUUGAUGAAUGUGAAUUGGAGACCUAGCAGCAACAAGAUAACAGCUUUGGGGUAGGUGCCCUGGUGCUACCUGAAGAUCAGAUGUGUUUUUAUAUAAGGAGAUGCUGUCUCCAGUUCUCCCUAUAAGGAACAAGUAAACUCUCAACAUGCAUACAAAAACACCUUGAAGCAAAACUGUGGAGAGAAGCAUUUUUGCCAGGUGCCAUCAGCGGAACUUCUACUUGGAUUUUGUUUUUCUGAGGUAUUGGUAAUGUCUUUCAGUCUUAAACUCCAGGAAAAUGGGGGAAAGUUCUCCGCUACAGCUUUUCCCUGUUAAUUUUAGCAGCAUUGCUGCAAAUCAGACAAACUUAAAAAUUGAGGGCUCAUCUUGAUGUAGCAUGGUAUUUGAUGAGAGGAGACCAAAGGAAUUAUGGGGAGAGUUUCAGGUUCAUAUUUAAAAGGAAUAUCCUCAAAGAAAUGUUGCUUUAUAUUUUACCAACAAUUACAAAGUUUGGUUUCAACAGCACUACAGGUCUUCAAAUAAGAGAAACCAAAUUGAACCCACCAAAACUUCUCUCAUUGCUGGAUUGAGCACUUACCAGAAAAUUGCAUUUGCAAUCGCACACUUGCCAAAACUUGAAGAUAAAAAUGUAAAAGCUAAAACUUUCUUGUGUAGUUUUCAAAACUUUAACCUGACCUGUUGCAACUGCACCACUUUUCCCGUGUUAUUUUCAAACUACAUUUUCUUUCUUCCAGGGAUGUCAUAUUUUGUUUUUUAAAACAUACUAAGCUUUGGAAUGUAAACCAGAAUGAAGCUGGCUCUUGGCAUGCUUAUAGGAUGUUAAACAUUUAAUAUUCUAUUUUAAAACAUUUUGUUUUGUUCUUUUUUUAAAAAAAAAAGUGCAAUGGAUUACUUCUCAGUGGCUUGCUAAACCAAAAAACAAAACAAAGCCCUACAAAAACUAAGUGCAGUCCACAUUAUUGAAACCGACUACAAAACUAUAUUUGUAACAUAUUUGGAUUGCACACAAAACACUGUUUCCAUUGCACAGGUUGUAUACUUGCCCUUGGAAUUCAUUGUUGGUUUACAAUAAGGCAAAAUAUUUGGGCAUUGGAGUUCUGUGAGACCAGUCAAGAUAUAAAUUGGUAGAAUUUGUCAGUAUGUAAACAGCUUUGCUUGGUCUUCAUUUGCCAUGUCAGAUUCAUCUGGAUUAUAUGUAACAUCAGAUAAUGAAGUUAUAGUGAAAGGUGAGAACUGGAUCCAUUUGACUGUGACAUAGUGCUCCUACAAUGCUACUUUGACUUUUUUGUCACUACACAUUUGCCCUUGUUGAAUCUUUAUUGUAAUUACUAAUGAUGUUAUGUAGAACACUUUCUUACACAAAGAAGGAAAAAAUUAAGCAGAUUCAGCAUGAAGUCUUUCCUCUUUUUUUCUGGUGUAGUAUUUGAAGUGCAUGCCAGGGAGCUGGGACAUGGAUAAUUUCUGGCUCCACCCUACCUUCAGUGCCACCUUGAACCCCUAGACUGUUAGACUAAUGUUUACACAAAGCAGAAUGCACUAUAGAGGAGCAUAAAAGUAUUAUGCAGAAUAUGGAAUUGCUGAACAGAAAAAUGAUGACUCUUGAGCACUAAUCAGCAGUUGAAGGGGCCAAACUAGUUUGCUUGACAUGUCCCCAAAGCACUUCUGUUUUGCACUAAUUUACCACCACUAAACCUGAGUGCUGACUAACCAAUUUGCAUCAACAUCUUCUAAAUUGAAAUGGUGGUUAUCAAACUACUCUAAUAUUUUUGAAAAAAGAUACUGAAUGACCUAAUGUGCCACCUUCUCUUUGGCCCCUCUCUCCCCAUGCCUAGAUGUCCCACUUCCCCCUCAUUCACCAGCAAUAUCUUAUUUCAUUAAGUGUUGCUCUGGUUUUUGCUAUAUUUUAGAGACAGCAGGGAGAUCUUCCAGGGACAUGACUAACUUGCACAUUUAAAUCUAAUAUCUACAUAUUGCCUAAUAUUCUCAUUACACUGUCUUGCUUAGAUUAUAAUGGUCUCUUUUCUAGGGACACCAGGUGUAAGUUGUUCAACUUUUAAUGUACAACCAAUGAAAUAAACACAUUAAAAAUCUAAGACAUCACUCUACAACAUCCACUGCUUCAGAUAACCUUGGCCUUUUUUUGCCCAUAUAAACUCUUUGACUAGACUCCUCUGCAUGACUUAUGCUGGUGAUACCAGGACUUGUGCCAAUGUAAUUGCUUUUUCUGAUGUUAUGUAAAGAGGUAUCUAAUACGUCCUUACACAACAAUGACAGAAUGAGCAGUUGGCUGUACAGUGCCAAGGCACAGCUUAGCCCCUCCAGCUCCCUUGUGCCACCAUCAUCCACCUUCUUUUGCCCUCCUUUACCUUUGACCUCUGGGAACCUUGGUGUAAGUACACAUGUGGAACUUCAUGCUCUACCACACUGGUCCCCAAACUGUGCUCUUUAAGAGAUUUUGGACUUUAGCUCCCAGAAUCCCAGACUAUUGGCCAACAUGGCUGAGGUUUCUGGGAGCUGAAGCCCAAAGUCUCUUAAAGGGCACCGUUUGGGGACCACUGCUCUACCAGCUUCAGAUAGGAUCUUGCCCCUUAGCCUUAGCUUCUGUGUUUGUUACAAAACACCAAUAAAUUCAGAAAUAAAUGCUUCCUUUAAACUUCAUAUUUAACUUUCUGUACACUUAUCUUCAAAAGCCUCCUUCCUGUAGUUUCUUUUAAAUGCAAAUAUUCUAACAUAUUUGAGUUAUGACAGUGUACCAAUUAAAUGUAUAUAUGGUUUCCUUUUGGAUGACUUCCUUUUCCAUUUGGUUUAGGUAAAUCAGUCAUAGCUGCUGGUGGUGUCCAUCUGAUGUUCACAUGCUUGUACUUGCCUCUUGUGUUAGUCUUUUUGGACACACUUGGCAAGUGAAAAAUCAUUUUGAAGGCAGCUCAAAUACUAGCAAGUAUCUUUUACUACCAACUGCAUUCAGUUUCCCUCUACUUUUCACUUUUAGCUGACCUCAAGUGACCAUAUCCUUAAUUCUCGUGGCUCAAAUGACCUAGUUGUUAGGAUUAGCCUUGUUAGUAUCACCAACUUUCUUGGAGGCUAAAAUAAAUGCACAAGAGAAAAUGGCAGAAGUUAAAUGGAUGGAUGUGUAGGGCCAAUGUUCAGAAAAGCACACUCUGUUCUUGAAGGCAAUAGUAUUAGGCUUUCUUUGGUAGCAUAUUAGUGUUGCUGUUUUUUUAAUUUGAUAGCUGUGAAAUCAUAUGGAUCUGAGUGACCCAUCUAUGUAGAUCCCUCCCCAGUGUUACAUGAUAUGGGGUUGAAUGGGGUAAAAUAGUGUCUUCUAAUAUUCAUAGUUUAUCUGAAAUGUAUUUUCAAGGACUGCAGAUGAUUCAGUAUUUUGCUUUCUCCAAGUAGAACACUGCUUCUCCUUCUGCAGUUACUUUUGUAGUUGUGAUGCACAAUAGAUCAACUAAGAAUGAAAAAUGAUUGAACUGCCAGUCCUUUUGCUGACUCGUUUCUUUGCCAGUCACACUCCAUAGGAACAAACACAUAUGUUUGAUAAAAUGUUCCCAAAAUAAUUGAUGGUGAUGGGUUACAGCAUUGUUUUCUCUCACUUGCCCCCACCUUUUUUUAAAAAAUUUUUACAAAACAGUACCUUAAAUUUCUUAUUUAUUAGAAUAAGAAUAAAUCCAAUGGGUUCCUUUCUAGCCUAUAAAUCAGUGAUCCAUGUUAGGUAUACAUAAGGGCUUGGAUAUGCAUGUUAGAGCUGAUUGCUUCCCAUCCCACAUCACUGGUUCCUUGCACUGCAUCAGAAACCACAUGUUAAACCUGAGUCUCAGAGGUGACCUGUCAAGCAAUUGAAGCUAUUGCUAGAAGGAGUAAAACAUUUUUAAAACUCUUGUGCAACCUUUGGGAUUCUGGCCUCAAAUGAAAAGGGCAAGGACUCAAAAUAUUUUAAGUUUAUCUCUAGGUCCACCCACCAAGUCCAUUUGCAGUCCUAUCUAUACAGAAAUUGGCAUGCACAAUCCCUCCAAUCCCAGCACUUUUCACUUACAACUGCAGGUGUUUCAAAUAACAUUAAGCAUAAAUGAAAACCAUGCCAAACUGUUUUAUACGUAACAUUUCAAACACCAACCUGUCCAAGCUCAGGAACUGGGAUAGGAGCAAUUCUUCAGCCUGCUUCAGCACAGGCAGACAGUAGUCAGUAGGAGCAAAAGUUGAGACUUACUAGAUUACUUAGACACAUUUUUCUAAAAAAGAUUGAAAUGUGGGCACAUCUAGUGAUAUAUUUAAGGGCUCGCGUGGUUUGGGUCUAUAAUUAUGCUGUUUGCUUGCUAUGAAAAACCUUGACAACAUUUACACUGACUUAGUGCUGUUUCUGUUCCCGUAGCAAUUUUCCUGUUUUACUAUCACAUUUGCAAAUGUAGAAAAUCCCCUUUUUGGUACUUGAAUUCUCUGUGUGUGUGUCUGUGUGAUGUAUAAUUCAUUCUAAAACGGAAUAAAAUCUAAAGUGGUAUUCUGUGUGUGCACAGACAUAAACACAGAAUUGUUUGUGAGAGAAAAAGUGCAGAAUUGGGCAAGCAUUUCAGUGUAUGUUGAAAGUUUUGUUUCAUGUCCUUUUUUAUUUGUACACAUUUUGUGUUAACAUGAAUUCUUAAAGAUCUGCUUUGUGGUUUGAGAAUUUUCAAAAUAUUCCUGAAGUAAAGACUUACAUUCAAUGUUGGUUUGCCUUUUAAAAUAGUUGUAGCUGACUAGCUUCUUGCUGAUGGUGCAACAAGAUUUAAGCAUACUUUCCGAUACAGCACUCUGUUUCUUCACUAAGAAUCACCUUCCACCCCCAAACUUAUAUUCCAAAACGAACUGUUUUAAAUUACCACCAUGUAAUUCGUUAGCAUGUAAAGUUAGAUUUUUAAACAUGUUUUUUUCUUUCCUUGUUAUUGUUAUCCCUUCAUUCAUUAUUCCCUGAACUCUUCUAUUCCUGCCUAAGAGUUUCAGGGAAUGCCCCCUCAUCACAGUCUCGAAAGCCAGGAAAUUCAUUCCACAUCUCAGUAGCAGACCCAAUUCACUAAAGUCAGCACCAGCAUGGGGAAAUGCUCCCAUUGUCCAGGCAGUAGAGGCCAUAUCUAUCAUGGCAUCCACCUGCUGCUAUGCUGUUUAGUGCAAUAUUUGCCAUCUGAACUUGUUUUUGUUUUUGUUUUUUUUUUGUUAUUUCAAUUACUUGCCAGCUACAACCAGGGUGGCUCACCCUGGCUUUCUUUCCUGUCAACUGGGCAUGGUUCCCACACAUUCUUCUCCCUGUUCAUGUCACACACACACACACACACACACACACACACCCCAAUGCCACAGUGAGAGCAGGGUGGAGAUGAAACAGCAAAAAGCAACAGCAAGAACAAAUGAACAGCUUUGUUACAAAAGACGGGAAUUCCAUGCCAUUCCUCAGUGCUAUGGCAUCUACCCUUCCAUAUGAUGCAACUGCUAAAAAGAAAAGCCAUUUCAUAUAACUGCCCCCCCCCCAACCCUGCAAGUCCAGAUAGUCUCCAUUAGUCACAAACCACAGUGAGGAAUACUGAAUGGUGGUAUUUAAUCUGUACUGCUUAACCCAUGGAUUCAAUUCUCUAGGCCUGGCUGUAUGCACAGAACUGCUCACUGCAUGUCAUGUAUACCUUAAUGCUCACAACACAACAUUUUUGGCCCAAGCCAUACAAGGCUGGGGAAUUCCAGUUAAGCUUCUUCC